AUGAGCAGUGAAGAACCAGUUUUGGGUGUUAGCUCCACCGAGGAUGAAUCUGUCAGAAAUCUUGCAGAAAGAGCGGUAAAACAGGCAGAAGGACCAACCACUCAUGUAGAGAGACAACGCAAACGUAUAGACAUGGGAAAUUCGGACGACGAAGACGACAUUGACACAAAUCAGAGAUUAGACUCGCAGCGCAUCAUCAGCAGUAAGGCCCUAGAGGAUGUGGGGAUCGACCAAAGCGCAAGAAGACGUCAAGAGCUAGAAGACCGUUUAGAUCGGUUGUUAAAAAAACCCAAAUCUCGCAGAACCAGAAGAGAUGAGGACGACUUGGAACAAUUUUUGGACGAGCGGAUUUUGAGACUUAAGGACGAAAUGAACGUUGCUGCUCAGAAGGACAUCGAGACCCUAAACCGCAGAUUAGAGGGGAUUGAUGAGACCGCCGUGGCGAUGGAAAAAGUGAAACUACUGCCCAAAGUGGUGAGCACCUUGUCUAAGGCACAUUUGGCAGACACCAUAUUGGACAACAACCUUCUCCAAAGCGUUCGCAUUUGGCUGGAACCACUGCCAGACGGAUCUCUGCCCUCGUUUGAAAUACAGAAGUCUCUUUUCGCAGCUUUAGAAACACUUCCUAUCAAGACAGAUCAUUUAAAGGAGAGUGGACUGGGUAAAGUGGUAAUAUUCUACACCAAGUCGAAGAGAGUAGAGGCCAAGCUAGCGCGUUUGGCAGAUAGGUUGGUUGCAGAAUGGACCAGACCGAUCAUCGGUGCCUCUGACAACUACCGUGACAAGCGGGUAAUGAAACUAGAGUUCGAUGUGGAACAACAUAGAAAGAAGGCUAUGCUGGACAGUGCCAAAAGCAAGAAAUUAAAGAAGAGAAGAUCUGAAGACGACACGAAGGGCAAGUCGCCAUACGAACUGGCCGCGGCAAGAAGAAACAGGGCCGCAGCGCCAUCACAGACCACGACGGACUACAAGUAUGCGCCGGUCAGCAAUUUGAGCUCGGUUUCGACCACUGCUCGGGCUUCUGGUGUUGGAUCGUCUUUGAACAAUAGUGAGAUGUACAAGAGAUUGAACUCGCGGCUCACCAAGAAAGGUAAGAGGAGUAAGUAA